AUGAAAUCAUCAGUAGUUUUACUCAGACGUUUUAAUCUCCUAACUCAUCGCCGUUUUGCUUCAUCUUACACAGUUCAAGAAAUUCAAGCAGAUCAAUAUGGUGCACCUCUCGAUGUACUCAAACUUAAUCAAACAACGACUUUUGAUUCAAGUCAGUUGAAGCCAAAUGAUGUUUUAAUCAAACUAUUGGCAUCACCUAUCAAUCCGGCUGAUAUCAAUAUGGUCGAAGGCAAAUAUGCAAUACUUCCUUCAUCAUUGCCAGCAACAUUUGGUAAUGAAGGUGUUUUUCAAGUUGUUGAUCAUCGUGCUUCAAAUGAACAAUUGAGUCCGGGCGAUUGGGUUAUUCCGAAAAUGCUCGAAUGGGGUAAAUGGCGUUCGCAUGGAAUUGUAUCAAUCAAUGAUUUAAUCAAAAUUCCAUCGGAUAUAACAGUUGAAGCAGCAGCAACUUUAUCAGUCAAUCCUUGUACAGCCUAUCGAUUACUGAAAGAUUUUGUCACGCUAGAAACAGGUGAUACAGUUAUACAAAAUGGUGGAAACUCAAGUGUGGGACAGGCUGUUAUACAGUUAGGUAAACUGUGGAAUAUCAAUGUAAUUAACAUAAUUAGAAAUCGAGAUCAAGGAAUGAAGGAAUUAGUAGAAUACUUAAAAUCCAUUGGCGCCGAACACAUUUAUCUGGAAGAAGAUCUACGGAAAGAAACUCUUCGUACGACUCUUUGGUCAACUAUCCCUCGACCUAAACUUGGCUUGAAUUGUGUUGGUGGCAAAGCAACGAGCGAUCUACUUCGUGUGCUCGAUAAAUCAGCAACUUUGGUUACCUAUGGAGGAAUGAGCAAACAACCAGUCACUGUUCCAACAGCUGAGUUUAUCUUUCGAGAUCUAACUUGUCGAGGCUUUUGGAUGAGUCGAUGGAAAGCCGAAAAUUACAAAGGAAGUGAAUUCGCUAAGAUGCUUCAUGAACUAAUUGAUUUCAUUCGUCGCGGACAUUUGAAACCACCACAGUGCGAGAAAUAUUCACUAGCUGAUUAUAAAACAGCUAUUGAACAAGCACAAAAGCCAUUUAACACUAAAAAAGUCCUUUUUACAUCUUAG